GCCACCACACCUCAAUCGCAUUGGGAACUCCAAGCAACCAUCGUCGAGAGAGUUGAAGCCAGAUGUCACACACCCAACACUUCUUGUGCCAUCGAGACUUGGUGCAGAGCACAGGCGUGCUGUUCAGCUUGUUUGGCUCGUUUUGCUCGGCCAGCUCCGCCGACCUGGUCGUGAUUUACGCCCAGCGCAUUGACGUAUACCGCGUCGAGUCGUUUCCCCCAUCAAACCCUGCGCCGUCGUCCAGCAUCACGCUUCACCUGCUCCAUACAUUCUCGUUGUCGGGCGUAGUGCAAUGCGCGCAAUUGGUGCACGUGAAGAAGUCCACAGCGUGCUUGGCGCUCACCUUUAGUCCUGCAAAACUGGUGCUUGUGCGGUACCAAGCCGGCGCGUUGGUCACAGUGGCCAUGCACAACUUCGAGGAGGACGGCAUGGGUCUCGGUACCGCCUUGCAAGGCGAGCGAUUCGGUCGGACCCAGUUCAGCGGCAUCUCGAGCAUCCCACUGACCAUGGCCGACCCCGACCAUCGAUGCCUGUCCAUGCUGCUGUACCAGGACCAACUGCUCGUGAUUCCCCUCCAAGACAGUCGAGGCACCGACGAAGACAACGAAGAUGGCGGCGACAUGUACGAGAUAGCGAGCCUCAAGAUGGAGGACAAGACGCGCACAGAGCAGUACGCGUCGACGCUGUCGUCGUUCGGCCUGGACGGCGUCGUGGGUCGAACGUUCAUGCUGAGACUCAAGGAACUGGACAUCCGGGGAAAGAUCAUCGACUUUGUCUUCCUCGAGGGGUACUUGGAGCCGACGUUGAUGCUCCUCCACGAAGAAAACGACCGCCACGCCGCCGUCGGACGUUUCGCCGCUGGUUUUGAUACAUUCUGUCUCACUGUUCUAUCGAUUAACUUGACCACACGGCUCCAUCCUAAAAUCUGGUCAGUUGCGAAUCUCCCCUCGGAUUGCUUUAAACUUUCGCCGUGUCCAGCGCCUUUGGGAGGUGCAAUUGUGUUUGCCCAGAAUGCGAUCUUGUACUUCAACCAGAAUCAGUACUUUGGGCUGGCCACAACGUCCUUUGCAGACAAGACCACCGACACAGCCAAGUUGCCGCUGCACAGAUCGCCGCUCUUGGACGAGACGUUCCUCGCAUCCAACUGCCGCGCGAGUCUGCUCAAUGCCGACGAAAUGGUGCUAAACGUCGAGGGCCAGCUGUUCGUGUUGUCUCUGCCGAGCCACCGCAGCUUGAAGCAAAAGGGUUUUUACGGCCCCGAGGUGUGCCAACUCAUGCUGCGACGGCUGUCCAGUUCCAAAGUGGCGGCCGCCACGGCCAUGGCUGUGGACAUGCAACGCCAUUUGAUCUUUGUGGGCACGCGCAAUGGAGAUUCGCAGCUGCUUUGGUAUCACACCGACACCCACGACGUGUCCGAUGUCCACAUACCCGUGCAGGUUCCAGCGUGUCCUGUGCCUGUUCCUGACGAUUUAGAGUCAGACGACGAAGACUUGUACUUGUACGGACAUCGUCUCGUCGCUGUCACCGCCGAGGACGAUGUCCAACCACUUGACACAGUGUCCAAAGCGGCGGAAUUUGCUGCGUAUUCCGUGGACAUAGUCGACCAAUUGCCGGCCAUCGGACAAGUAACCUCGAUGGACAUGGGCGUGGAUGUGGAUAUGGAAGGUGUGGCGCCCAAGGAAACACUCGUGCUCAGUGGCGGGGUCGGCGACCAGUCCAGCGUGUCUAUGAUUCAUCGAGGCAUCCGUCCCGUGGUGAUCACCGAAGUGCCGCUGGAAGGAUGCCGCGCCAUGUGGGCUGUGUAUGGAUGUGCGACAGCGUCGUAUCACGAGUACCUGAUCUUGAGCAUGAAGAGCCGCACGAUGGUGCUAAAGGCCGGCGACGAAACGCUGCCGCUGGACGCAUCGGGUUUAUUUGUCGAUGGCCCAACCUUGGCCGCGUCCAACAUUCUCAACAACCAGCGCAUUGUCCAAGUGUACAAGCAAGGCGUCCGACUGCUGGAAGAAGCCAACAACACCCUCGAGUGUACUCAAGAGAUUCCUCUGGACGGGGACAUCGACUGCGGAGGCCUUGGCGUCGAAGUGCCCGCCGUGGGGAUUGUUUCCGUAGACAUUCUCGAUCCAUACGUGCUGCUUCUCCUUAGCGACGGCAGUCUGCGGGUAGUGUGCGCCGACGCUCGCGACCUGGACUUGUCAGUACUCCAUCCAGAAAUCCUCGAAAAUGGGCAAAUCUGCGCCGUGUGCUUGUUUCACGACUGGGGCCAUAUCUUCACCGUUUCUACACCUGAAUCCACCGACCAAGAAGCAGCUGCAUCGGUCCAACCAGACGACGACAGCAUCAAGGACGAGGCGGAUGAGUUGGAUGAUAUAUACAAAGUCUCGGGUGGUGGCAUCGCCGCGCAACCAAUUGAAACGUCUCCUCGGUUACUACCUCAACAACAACACCAAUCUACCGACAAGCCCGUGUACUGCGCCGUGUGCUUGGACUCUGGCACGAUGCUCGUGUACUCCCUGCCCGAUUUUACACUUGAAGCCACGUUUCCCGGCUUGAAUGUGGCCCCGCAGGUGCUCUCGAGCAGCUCAGUGUACCCCAUCGUGGGUCUCUCCCAGGACGGCAAGAAGCCGGCGACGCUGUCCCCUGUCGCAGACAUUUGCAUCCACCGCGUGGGUCCGUGCGACACUGUCGGCAACGGCAAUGUCGUGAGCAAGAUGGUGCUGGUGGUGUACAUCUCCAACGGCGACUUGAUCGUGUACGAGGCGGCCGGUCGUCGGUUUGUGCGCGUGGCAACGCAGACCAUCACGCGGCCGUUCGCGCUGAAAAAGGAGUCGGCGGCCACGGCCAUGCUCAAUACGACGCUGUUCCGGUACCCCAUGCUCACGCGGUUCCAGUCGGUGGCGCGCCACUCGGGCGUGUUCUUCCGCGGCGCGUCGCCCAUGUGGGUAUGGAACAGCCGGGGCCUCCCGUCGCUGAGCCCCAUGGCGGUGCCCGUCGUCGCCAAGCCCAACCAGGUGCCCGUGCUGUGCUGGACUGCGUUCGACCACUGGAACUGCCCCCAAGGGUUUGUGUACUUUCACUCAGACGGGAUGCUCCGGGUGUGCGAAGUACCACCCAACACAACGAUCACCCAAUCCGGCAGUGUCGUGCAAAAGAUCGAGUUUGGGUCGCCCACGAUCCAUCAUCUCGUGCAUAUUGGCUGCCACGGCACCGGCGCCGUUCAAGAAGCGCUGCAGACCCCCACGUACGCCGUCGUCUUGUCGCACUCGGUGGCUCCGCCCGUCGACGAUGGAACGGAAAACGACGUGGACGAAGACCCAGAAGAAGACGGGUACACUGCCCCAAAGCCUGGCGAGGUUGUGCCAGGGAUGGACGCGGCCGACUUUACUGGUGUGUUGGACGAGCAGCACGAACUUCGGCUGAUUCAGUCGAUCGACGGACACCUGACGCCAGCCGGCGUGUUUUCAAUCCACAUGGAUCGGUACGAAGUGGUGCUCACAGUCCGAGUCAUGUACCUGUCGGACGCGCCGGUGCUCGUGCCCCAAGAGUGGAAGCACAAGCGCAAGCCAUAUGUGAUCGUCGGCACGGGCUUUAUCGGCCCCAGCGGCGAAGAUGAAAACGGCAAGGGGCGGCUGCUCGUGUACGAGGUCGAUUAUGCGCAGUACACCAACGCCCAGGGGGUCACUGGUCGAAAGCUGCCCAAAUUGAAGCUCAUCUACGCCAAAGAACACAAGCAAGGCGGCAUCUCCAUGGUGUGCCAGCUGGGCGCGUACGUACUGGCGGCCGUAGGGGCCAAACUGAUCGUGUACGAGCUCAAGGGCGGACAGCUCAUCGGGUGCGCCUUCUUCGACGCGCAGCUGUACAUUGUCAGCCUCAACGUGAUCAAAUCGUACAUUUUGUACGGGGACUUGUACAAAAGCGUGCACUUUCUGCACUGGAAGCCCCAGGAAAAGACCAUCAUCAUGCUCGCUAAGGAUUUUGAGCCGUUGGACGUUACGGCCACGGAAGUGUCGGUCAUGAAUUCGCAAUUGGGACUUAUUGCGUGCGACAUGGAAGCGAAUGUCCAUGUGAUGCAGUACGAGCCGACCCACGUCGAGUCCCGCGGCGGUCAAAAGCUGCUCCGGACGUCCGACUUCCAUCUCGGCACGCGCGUGACGUGUCUGUUGCGCAAGCGCAUGGUCGACAGUUCGUUUCCUUUGUAUGUGACACUUCUCGCGACCGCCGAAGGGGGCCUCGGCGUGCUUAUUCCAGUGCAAGAGCGAUUGUUUCGCCGCAUGUACACGCUGCAAAGCAUCAUGGUCAACGUCUUGCCUCAAAACGCAGGUUUGAACCCGCGAGAGUUUCGCCAGGCAGUGCACACGCGAAGCACGGGCCGACCGGACGCGUGGUGUACGUGGAAGGCGAAGAAGGCAUUUCUGGACUACGCGGUCAUCGGGAGGUUCUCCGACUUGGAUUACGUGGCACAGCGAGAGCUCGCGCGCUGCAUCGGGACCGUGCCAGAGGUGGUGCUGCACAACCUGUUGGAAUUGCAGCGCAGUACGCUGUUUCUUUAAGUCAAUAGUAGACGCCUUCCACUCGUCUUUGAUCG